GGUAUCCGACACCCCCAUCGCUUCUUCGGUUCCACAGAUCUUGAACUCGGUAUAGGCGAUGGCGACGAACAAGGCGACGGCGACGCCCUCCGGCUCCAAGCCGAUCGCGAUCUCGAUGAACAACCCGAUCUUGGCGGCCGCGCCGCCCAACCCCAACGGCGGUAUGAACAUGGCCAUGGCACCGGCGCCGUCGGCGGCGAUUGUGGCCGCCGCCGCCGCCGCGCUUUCGAGCCAGCACGCGCAGCAACAGCAGCAGCUCAAGCGCAUGGGCAUCGGCAUGGGGCUUGGCAUGGGCAUGCCCGGCGGCACGGCCGGCCUCAACGCCAUCCAGACCAUGAACACGCUCAACAACAUGAACGUCGCUGCGAUGCAGCUGCAGAUGAACCAGCACCAGCAGCGCAUCAACGUCGCGUCGGCCAACGCGCAGCGCGCCUUCAAGCCCACGAACGUCAACGUCAACUCGGCCGUGGCAGUCGCCGUGGCGUCGGCCUCGAACGUCCCGGUGCCCGUGGUGCCAGUCAACACUGCGGGCGCCGGCGCUCUCAACCUCUCGGGGACCUGGGACCUGGACCGCGAAGCGUCCGACUCGACCAACGACUAUCUCGAAGCCAUGGGCCUUCCGCUCAUUGCCCGCCAAGCCGCCGACAAGCUGGAUUUGACGGUCAUCAUUCUGCAGACGCCCGGCGAGUUUACCAUCACACGGCGAACGCGCAUCUUCCUCGAGACCAAGGUGCUCAAGUUUGGCCAAGACGUCAUCAUCAAGACCAACACGAUCAAGGUGAUUGGUGAGCCGACAGCGAUCAAGACGAUCACGCAUCUCUCGGGCUUCCGGGGCGUACUGACCGACAUCCGCACGCUGGACGAGCUGGGUCGCAUGAAGGUCGAGCUGACGCUGACGCUGCCCGACAAGGACAAGCCCAACGUGGUGAUCACGCGCUACUUCAAGAAGCUCUCGGACUCGACGUCGCUCGACAACCUUCCACCGUUCGAGCCCUUCCCGGACCCGCCGUCCGAGAAGCGCAAGCGAUAAACUUACAAAGGCAAUGCGGACAAUGGUGUACAAAGUCCGUCCGUCGUCGACCCCGUCAUCGCUCUCGUAGCAACAAUUCACAUGUAUCCAGACAGUAGUAGACAGUACAAGCAAGCUCAGUUGAUGACAAGGUGCGCCCGAGUUAAACGUCUUUGGCGGUCGGGCAAAAGAGGUCGAGCUGCACCUCGAACGCUUCGAAGCGCAUGCGGGCAUAGUCGAGGAAAUCAAAGUCGAUCGUCGAGUUGCCGGCUUGGACAAUGGCCCAGAGACCCCAAAACAUGUGGGCGGCGAGCGCGUAGACGUUGCCAAACUCGUGGAGAUGGCCGAGGAACACGUCGAGGGAGCCGUCGCGCGUGAGCGACUGCAAAAGCGCUGGCGCGGCCGUCGAGAGAAAAACGAGAAGAAAUUGUACCUGCUUGUCCUUGGACGGGUAGUCGUUGAGGUUCAUGUCAAAGCCGCA